UUUACAAACAAGCUGCUUCCGGUGUGCACUCCAAAGUAGCGCGUGUGCAUAAAUGUUAUUUUUCGUUAUUUGUAUGGACUUUUUCUGAGAAAGACUGCCACCAACGAGCUUUCUGCACCAACAGCACACGGCUAAGUUAUAAAAAAUGAUAUUCCGAUUAGUUUUGCUAAUUAGCGGCAAUACUCCUUUAGAGAAAGUUAGCUAACAGUUGGCUAGCUCACCAGAUGUGCAGCAUGGCAGAGUGAUUCAUUUCAACAGGUGUUAGUUACAGGAACGGAAAGUCUCUCUGUUCAUUUUGCGGUUGGGUUAGCUGUUGUUAACUGUUCUGUCUGUUCAACUAGCGAGCUGUUUGUUCGUCAUUUUGUACCUUUGCUAAAGUUAGUCACACUCGUGCCAUGCUCUUCAGCCGCGUCCUGUUGAGCCUCAGGUCGACGUGUUCAGAAAGUGUUUGUUUACAGAGGAUUUUCGCUGUCAAAGAAGUAUCAGAUCGGAGGCUGCAUCACAUCCAAAAACUCAGCGCGAUAAAGCCAUCUGCACACCUGUUCGGACUCAGGACCCUAGCACAGACCUGUCUGUACCAGCAAACAGUGUGUGAUAUGCAGCCAGCCAGUAUCUCCUAUGGCAAAGAGACCAUUGCGAUUGCCUCAGAUGAUGAUGAUGAGGGUGGUGAAGAUGUAGCUGGACAGGAGAGUAGGCUAGAAGAUGGGGAAUUGGUGAAGAUAAUAAUGACUCCAGGCCAGGUGGAUGCAGUCAGCAUGGAAAUCCAGCAAGGGGCCGCUGACACUGUGUCUGCAGCUCCUACAGGAUCAAAUGAGAAGAAGACAAAGAGGAAGAUGAGGAGGGAGAGGAAGAAGCUGAUGAAGGAAAAGCUCAAGUCAGCCGAUACUUCGGAAAAUUUAAUGUCAGAGCUCCCAUUCGCUCUGACCAGCCCCACCAAAUGGAAGGAGCUAGGAUUCCCCAGCUCAGAGUCCACCCAGAGAAAGAGGAAGAGAGGAGAAAGUGGAGGGCGAGUGGACAGUGAGGAGGAUGGUGACAAGAAGAAAAAGAAGAAAGAGAACCAACGACCAAACUACUUUGUCUCCAUCCCCAUUACUAACACAGAUAUAAGCUCAGCCGUGGCUGAGGUCCAAGAGGUGGUGCUUCAGCAGGAGCCCCAAUUGGCCAAAGCCAUGAUCCCCAUCCCAAUUCUCCACAUCACGCUGUUAGUCACUCAUCUCGCCAAUCAGGAGCAAAUAGACCUAGCGGCAACCACGCUGACCCAGGUCGAGCCGUUAUUGGCUGAGCUGCUGGGUGGGCGGAAUCUGGUGCUGCCCUUCUCAGGCAUCGGUCAUUUCAGGAAGGAGGUGGUGUUUGUUGGGCUGGCCCCCGGACAACACAGACACACACUGGAUAACCUGGCAGAGUUGUUGCGAAGUCGUUUUGAGGAGCAGGGUCUUCUGCAAGGAGACAAUCGUGGGUUUGAACCCCACCUCACCAUUAUGAAGUUGUCCAGAGCAUCAAAACUACGAUCCCAGGGUAUAAAGCGUGUGGACCCAGCCCUUUACUCCAACUAUACUAACAAGUUUUUUGGAGACCAGACGGUGGAGCGGGUGGAUCUUUGUUCCAUGUUAAAAAAGAAGCAACAAGAUGGAUAUUACCACACUGAGACUUCACUACAACUUGACUUGGUUCAGAAUCCACUCCGUUCCAAACGUUCAAGUGGGCGUCGCCGGUCUGAGCCUGACGAGGCAGAGCUACUGAGGGUCAGCAAGAGACUGGUUGAUGACGCUGUCAAUCGCGCCUUGCAACAAUACAAACAGGAGACACUUCAAAAUGGGGGCGGGCCUAAGGCCACGGCCAUGCAGCUCCCUGGAAACACUGAGGAAACUGCCACAAAGAUAGACACUACAGCUAACUCCACCACAGACUACAGGAAGUGACAUCAUCGAACUGAGGUACAGAGACUGAAAAAUCAGCCGCCCAUCAAACAUCAGCCAGGCCUGGCUAAUCAGGAGAAGAGUCAGGCAGCUCUGGGCAGAAAGCCUGAACCAGCCAACCAGUCAGUCCAGUUUGCUGACUGCCAACCACAACUGCUAGCCAGUCAUGCUAGCUACUUGCCCCACCCGACCUAGCCUGACACAGUGCAAGUUAAAUAUAUAAUGUAGCUUAAGAUCAGUGCUACCAGGUGACCGUCCCAACAGGCCAACUAGCUAAGCCUGUUAGUUAGCUUACUAACUCUGGAGUCCUUCAUCUAACAGAGCGGAUACGGCCCCCAGAUCCUCACUCGACCGGGGGUCUGUGUUCGUACAUCAAACCCAGAAAACAUAUGUGACGCACUCGUCUAGAGAGACGUGCACAUGUAGAGUUCACUGUGACUGGUCACUCGCAAACUGCCCUUUUUAGAAUAAGAUAAAUCCUGUUUUGUAGACAGCUUGGUUUACCAUCACCUGCAUUUAAAAAAUGACUCAAUAUGCUCUAUUCCCCUCAGUGUAAAACACUCCUUUCUCCUUCACUACAUU